UGCAGUGCAGCCUCUUGCGAUGUCUACAUACAGACACAGCUGGGUCUAUGCAACCACAGUGCUCUGUUGCUACGGCUUUUUCAAAGAGAUGAAGCCCAGUGAGCCGUUUCUCAAUCCCUACCUGACGUCACCAAAAUGGAAGAAUUUCUCAAAUGACGUCACUGACAACAAAAUCUACCCUGUGUGGACUUAUUCCUAUAUGGGAGCGCUAUUCAUCGUCCUCCUUAUUACCGACUACCUUCUCUACAGGCCGCUUAUUAUGUUAGAGAGUCUUGCUUAUCUGUCGACUCGAGUUCUACUCAUAUGGGGUUCGACUGUCGAGCAGAUGCAGUUGAUGCAGUUUGUCUAUGGCAUUGCGUCGGCGACUGAGAUUGCAUACUACUCUUACAUUUAUGCGGUCGUUCCUGAUGAGCAUUAUAGGAAAGUGACGAGUUUUACACGAAUGGCCGUGCUGCUCGGUCGGACUGUCGGCUGGUAUGCUGGACAGAUCUUGUUUGAUACGGGGGCUCUCUCGCUCUAUCAUCUGAAUUUUGUCUCGUUUGCGUCUGUUGGUGUCGCCUGUGUUGUGACCCUUUUUCUUCCUGCUGUUCCUGUUGAUGGAAUCAACAGUCGAUGCCCCGAGGUCCAUCAGUGUAUUGCAGGAUGUGGUAAGUUGAAGGAAACCGUAGUAACUCUGGGACGCGGUUUCGUUCAGACUUACUCUGAUAAAAGUCUUCUGCGUUGGUCGUUGUGGUGGGCGAUUGCGACAUGUGGAGAAUUUCAAGUCGGAAAUUUUGUGCAGAACCUCUGGGAGGAGAUCGAUGUCAAAAAGGACUUGAAUGGAUACGCUCAAGCGACGGCGACGCUGGCUGGGUUCUUUGUAGCUUUGGCUGUUGCUUACUGUCGGAUGAAUUGGAACGUCUGGGGUGAAAUGGUGUUAGGUGUCGUGUCUGUGGGCGAUGCUGCCGUUCUGUUUUGGAUGUCACAGUCGUCAAAUGUGAUAGUUGCUUAUGUGCUGUUUCUUGUUUUUCGUGUUUCCUACACACUGCUCAUUACAGUUGCAACAUAUGAGAUCGCACAACGGAUGGAAAAACAGCUAUACGGUCUUGUCUUUGGAUGCAACAUGUUUGUUGCCCUCGUCAUGCAGACGAUCCUCACGUUUGUCCUUGUAGACAGCAGCGGCCCACUUCAUGUUAGCAUCAGAACACAAUUUGUAGUGAUCAGUGGGUAUUUCUUCAUAAUUGGCUGCAUUUUCACUGGAAGGGGUGUUUAUAGAAUCACACAAGUCGGCUGCAUUCGAAGCGUCAAGAACUACUUGUGGGUGAGGCCACAGGCGAGAGAUCCUUGUGUUGAAGACGAUGAUGCAAAUAUACAAAAUAGUGAUGACUCUGUUGAGUUGCUCAAACAAUAACGUGAUACAGUUGCAGCUACUAUGUAUAGAGAGGUCUAUAUAGUUUACUAGGGUGUACACGUGAUUGUAGUGCUCGAUGUAAUGUAUUAUAGCAUAGCAGUAUGGCA